CUUUAAUAUAAAAAGAGAUUUUUGCUGUGAUUACAAGAUCAGUGAAUCUUAAAAGGUGGAAUUAUAAGGAACUAAAUUAUGAGGCAGAGACUAAUUCAAUUGAGUAUCUGCUUACUACUCAUCAUUCAAUCAUGUCAAGCAUCAGUCUUAGACUGCAAUCCUUUAUCACCAUGCAAUGUGGCCAGCAUUACAGACGUUACAUCUCCAAAUGAGCAAAUUUCUAUUUCUGGAAUGCCUGUAGGAUUUGUAGAUACCUCGACUAGCAGCUUAUCAUUCAUGGCACCGUCAAAUUUGUACUACGUGCCAACAUCCUUAUUCUUCACUUUCCCGAAUAUUCAAUCAUUUAUUAUGCAAAAUACUAAUUUGAGUCAUUUAGUGUCUGAUGCAUUUACAAAUGCUGGAAAUAUGGUGUCAUUGACUCUUAACGAAAACAAUUUUCCCGAUAUACCAGCAUCAUUCUGCUCAUCAUGCAUCAAUAUGACAUCUCUUAACUUGAUGAAUAACAAUAUUAUCAAUGUAGAUAAGGAAGCCUUUAAAGGUCUGAAAUUCUUAAACAAUAUUAUGCUUCGUGACAACAAGAUAUCAUGCAUUCCACCAGGGCUAUUCCAAAAUACUCCCGUUAUUCAAAUGAUUGACUUAUAUGGAAAUCAAAUAACAAGUUUUGAUCGUUUGACAUUCAAAGGAUUGCCUAAUUUAUAUAGCGUCAUGUUGAGUUCAAACAAAAUUGCAUCAAUUCCUGAUUUUGACUUUACUCUUACUGGAAUGUCAAUGGGACUUAGUUUUCAGCUUGACAAUAAUCCAAUUAUAGCUAUGCACCCACAAUUUUUGACAAACUUGUUUUCAUUAAGAUCAGGAUACAUGUCAACCAACAUCAAUUUCUAUGAUUCAUAUGAAAAUACAACCAAUUGUUUCCCAAAAAUGAACAUGUACACUUCAUCAAUAUCUGGAUGGUCUUGGCCAAUGGCAAAUAUUUCUCUUGGAAAUUGUUAUGCAAACUGGACACCCGAAUUAGAAUUGACACCUGUAAGCUGUGCAACACCAUCUGUUGACACUACAACACAAAAGAUUUCAUCGUCAACUGAAGGAAGUGAAUCUGGAGAAGAUUUCCAUGGUUGGGGACUGAAGAAAAAUUUCUUUGCAAUUAUUUCAAAUGCAAUGCGUAACUUUACAGCAAAUGUUCAAUUCCAGUAAAAAUUUUGUGUGGUUUAUUCAACUCACAUUUAAAAUCUUCUGACGCGAUUAUUAAACACUCGUUGUCUUCUUAUUAUUAUGCAAAUAAACUGUUAUAAUCAAAACUGAUAA